AUGGCUUCACUAACACCGCUCGGCUGGGUGCUACACGGCACGUGCAGUCGCACCGUCGGACAUAGAGUGCACUUCACGCAAGAAAUAGAGAGCGAUGACCGCCUUGACUCGGAGCUCAAGAACUUCUUUUCGUUGGAGGCUCUGACUAUUGCCCCUAAGUUGCCUCGCAACGACCCCGAAGCCCGAGCACUGAAGAUAUUGGAUAAAAAGACCACACGGAGGCUGGAAGCCACUGAAAGAAAAAUAGAAAAGGACCCGGAAGUCAAGGGCAAAGUCAUAGAACAAAUGGACGCGGCGGCGAAGACAAGAGGAAUGGCACUCAACGACGCGCUUCUCACCGGGCCCGACCUCCUGCAAUCCCUACCCGGCGUGCUCAUGAAGAUGCAAACGCAGAAGAGUUCGCUGCGCGCGCAAUAUCCAAAGGCCGCGGCAGCUGUAAGAGACAACCACUAUAUGGACGACUACAUCCAGAGCUUCGAGAACGAAGAGUCGGCCAUCGAGAUCGCCGCCCAAGUACGCGACAUCCAUCGCCGAGCGCACUUCCAUCUGCGCAAGUGGAUCUCCAACUCGCCGCGGGUGCUGCAGGAGCUGGAAGAGGAGCAGGCGCUCGAGGAGCGCUCCCUGGGCCCCAAGAACGAAAAGGUCCUAGGAAUGAUAUGGAAGACGUCAUCCGACGCAUUGAAGUACAACUUGGACCUGAGCCGACUGCCCGACGACAUCCUACANUUCUCGUUGGAGGCCUUGACGAUUGCCCCUAAGCUGCCUCACAACGACCCCGAAGCCCGAGCACUGAAAAUACUGAAAGAGAAAACCACGCGGUUAAUGGACGGACGCUUCCAAACCGGGUUAUUAUGGAAAAACGAAGAUAUCAAGAUGCCUGAGAACAGAGACUACGCCCUCAGGAGGCUGGAAGCCACCGAGAAGAAAAUAGAAAAGGACCCAGAGGUCAAGGGCAAGGUCAUCGAGCAGAUGGAGGCCCUGGUGAAGAAAGGAUACGCAGAACUCGCGCCCGUCAAUAGCGACAGUGACAAGAGAUGGUACCUGCCCUGCUUCCCGGUCUUCAAUCCUCAGAAGCCGGGAAAGAUCAGGAUGGUGCACGACGCGGCGGCGAAAACGAAGGGUAUGGCGCUCAACGACGCACUUCUCACCGGGCCCGACCUCCUGCAAUCCCUACCCGGUGUGCUGAUGAAGAUGCGUCAGCACCGAGUAGCGGUGUCUGCAGACAUUGCAGAAAUGUUUCUUCAGGUCAAGAUCAUCCCAGAGGACCGGGACGCUCUACGGUACCUCUGGCGGGGGUGCGACAGGACAGCUCCACCCCAAGAAUAUAGAAUGACCUCGUUAAUCUUCGGGGCCACAUCCUCACCGGCUACUGCUAUUUACGUGAAAAACAGAAACGCAGAAGAGUUCGAUGCGCAAUAUCCAAAGGCCGCGGCAGCUGUAAGAGACAACCACUAUAUGGACGACUACAUCCAGAGCUUCGAGAACGAAGAGUCGGCCAUCGAGAUCGCCGCCCAAGUACGCGACAUCCAUCGCCGAGCGCACUUCCAUCUGCGCAAGUGGAUCUCCAACUCGCCGCGGGUACUGCAGGAGCUGGAAGAGGAACAGGCGCUCGAGGAGCGCUCCCUGGGCCCCAAGAACGAAAAGGUCCUAGGAAUGAUAUGGAAGACAUCAUCUGACGCGUUGAAGUACAACUUGGACCUGAGCCGACUUCCCGACGACAUCCUACUCCGGAAGCCCACCAAGAGGCAGGCCCUCCAGGUGGUCAUGUCCCUAUUCGACCCCCUGGGCCUCGUGUCGCCGGUGACAGUCCAGGCGAAGCAAAUACUUCAAGAGAUUUGGAGGCGGAGCACCGCGUGGGACGAGCAUCUACAGGAUGACCUGGCGGAGAGGUGGGCCAAAUGGGUCCAGCAAUUGGAAGCCCUCCGUGCCAUCGAGAUACCCCGGUGCUACCCUCACUUCACUCAAGGCGACAAUCUCCAAUUACACGUAUUCGUCGACGCCAGCGAGACCGCCUACGCCGCCGCCCUCUAUUGGCGGGUGGAAGACAGCGACGGGCGGGCGCACACGACACUGGUCCUGGCUAAGAGCCGGGUCGCGCCGCUGAAGACCACCUCGAUUCCCCGCCUGGAGCUGCAGGCCGCAGUUAUGGGUACGCGGAUGGCGAGCUGCGUCCUUGAAGAACACGACCGAAAGCCGACAACAAGGACGUUCUGGACGGACAGCCGAACGGUCCUCACGUGGCUACGAACGGGCGCACGGUCCUACAAACCGUUUGUGGCGCACCGUAUAGCAGAGAUUGAAGAAAACACCAAGAUAGAGGAAUGGCGCUGGGUGCCCACCAAGAUGAACGUCGCGGACGACGGAACGCGCGACGUGCCCAGGGACUUCGACAGUGAGCAUCGAUGGUUCAACGGGCCCAGUUUUCUGCGGGACGACCCAGCGACCUGGCCAACCGAAGAAAGGAAGAUUCAGCAAGACACCGGGGAGGAAAGAGCAAAUUUGAUAGACAGGAGAGCCACAAAGCUGCUAGAAGUGAUCCCGCAGUGCGACCGGUUCUCCAGGUGGGAGAGGUUCGUGCGAACCACCGCUCGCGUCCUGCAAUUUGUUGACAGAUGCAGGCCGACAACGAAGCAGGCUGCUUACGCACGGACGCGGGCCAACAAGGUGGCAGACCCCACCUGGAGGAAGCCGCAGUCACGAGACACCAGAGGGCGCGGUCACAAGAAGGAAGUACAGCAGACUGAAGACAAGUUCGUGGCCCUCCCGGCAGAGCUCCUCAUCCGGGCUGAAGAUUUAAUAGUGCGCGCGUGCCAGGAAGACAGUUUCAGAGAAGAGAUCCACUGUCUGUCCCAGCAUCGACGCGUCAAUCGAGAUAGCAAGUUAUUCAAGAUCGCAGUGGAGUUGGUUGACGGGUUAUUGACCAUCAAAACCCGUAUAGCUGCAGCCGAAGACGUCCCGGAGGCGGUAAAGCGGCCGCCUGUCCUAGACGGCCGUCACCACAUCGCAAGGCUGUACAUCGGGCACGUGCAUCGCAGCGGUCACCACCAGGGGGUGGAGGCCACCAUCAACGAGUGCCGGCAGAGGUUCCACAUCCUGGGACUUCGGCCGACGGCACGCAGCAUCGUGCACCAGUGUACGCCGUGCCGCCGACGACGGUGGGCGCCGCCUGCGCCCCCGACCGGGGACCAUCCCGCCGGUCGGCUCGCGCACCAUCAGCGCGCCUUCACCUUCACGGGCGUCGACUACUUCGGGCCGCUGCUCACCACCGUGGGGAGAGCCACCAAGAAGACCUACGUGGCCCUGUUCACGUGUCUCACGACGCGUGCGGUCCACCUUGAGAUGGCGGCAUCACUCACCACCGACUCCGCGGUGAUGGCACUGCGGCGGUUCGUCGCGAGACGAGGCUGUCCCAGAACCAUCUGGUCCGACAACGGGACCAACCUCCACGGCGCCGAGAGAGAGCUCCGGCGCGCUAUCGACAACGCGACAGAAGAGGAAGCGGCCAAGCGGAGGAUAACCUGGCGCUUCAUCCCUCCCGGCGCUCCUUUCAUGGGCGGAGCGUGGGAGCGCUUAGUGAGGUCCGUCAAGACGGCCCUGUCGGCCGUGAUGGACAGCCGACCGACCAGCGAGGAGACCCUCGCCACCCUGCUCGCCGAGGUUGAGAUGACGGUGAACAGCCGUCCGCUCACCCACGUCUCUGUCGACCCGCAAGACCCGGAGACGCUGACCCCCAACCACUUCCUGCUGUUGGGGCCAGCCCACGCACCACCGGCGGGAGAGACCUCCCCGCAAGACCUCCUGGGCAAGGCGAGUUGGCGGACGGCGCAGCGCCUCGCCGACAUGUUUUGGGCGAGAUGGCUUCGAGAGUAUCUGCCCGAGCUCCAGCACCGGCGGGAGCCCCAUGGGAAGGGCCCUGCAGUCCAGCUGGGUGACGUCGUCCUGAUCGCCGACAACACGCUGCCUCGCAACACCUGGCCGCUGGGGAGAAUCGUGGCUACGUACCCCGGCCCCGAUGACAUCGUGCGAGCAGUGGACGUGCAGACCAAGGGCGGCAUCCUACGGCGACCUACGAAGAAGCUGGUGGUGCUGCAGUCGACGACAGAGCCUGCGAACGUUCUUCCCACGGAGUGAUGCGUCGCGGCUACGAGGCUUCACCACGACGCACGGCGGGAGAAUGUACAG